AUGUCAAGUCAAGUGAAGAAAUCAUCAGCAAACAAACCAAGCUCAGCUGGACGGCGGGUGAGUGGACUUGAGGAACUUUUUCGUGUUCCAUGGGAAUUGGGAAAGGAGUACGAGGCCAAUCAUCGCGUGGAGAAUAAAUCGAGGGGCUGGACGCGGUUACAUGGGAUUGAUGGAUUGAUGGAUUGA